AUGGCGUCGAAGGAAUCUUUACAAUCUCAUGCAAAAGUGAGUGAAAAUCACGCCUUCAGUGUGUACCGUAACGGUGAAAAUGCUGAGUUAGACGCCGGUGAAGGUAUCAAGCGCCGUCGCGUGAGUCACGGCUGCCGAAAACAGACGAAAUUGGCAAACGAUGCAAGUAUGUCAACUGAUAUGCAACACGCAACAACAAGAGAUUUCAAAGAGAGAAAACGUAAGCACAGCACCGGUUCCAAAGAACUUAGUGUCUGGGGUGAAAAUACUCGCCCCGCUAAACUCAGCAAGAUUUGGCCAGUAUUUGACUCUGGAGGAUUCGGGGAUACUUCCAUUCUCACCAUGCACAUACUACAGAAAGCACCACCAGUGAAAAACCCACUGCUAUUUAACAACAAUGACUUAAACAUUACGGAACCCUUACUUGAUUAUGUUGGAGGCAUCAACGCUUCAUGGAAGCAUACGCAACUCUCAAAUACAAUACCUGAUGAUGAUUUGACGAAGAAGAUAUACUCCUCAGUGUCACGCCAGCUGCGGAUCAUCAAUGCUCACUUCCAACAUGCUAUGUUCAAGUAUAAGUACCCAAAAGUCACGAGAGCCAAUGUCCUCUUAGAAGGAACAAGUUCUAGAAGGCUGUCGACACAUUUUAACUUGUCUCUCAAAGCUAUAAAGUUCCAAGCACCAAGACGAGAGCUGCCGUGCUAUGGGAACUUGGAGCUACCUUUGAAAAUUAAGCAGGAAAGGGCGACAUCUCCACAGAUCUACGGUAUUAAUAGAGUUAAAAUGGAAGUGGAUAAAGUCCAGAAUGAUGUUAAGGUGAAAGUGGAGAGAGAUAAAGAAAGAGACAGAGACCGUGAUAGAGAGAAGGACAGGUCCCAUUCAUCACGCCACUCGUGCCAGCAAUGCCGUCGCAGAGCAAGAGUGAAGCGAUGUUCUAUAGGCGUCCAGUGCCGCCGUGAACGAACAGCUCCCACUUGGGGUCCUCUUGCCUCAUCGUUGGAUCUUAAGGAGUUGAAGUAUCAUCGGUUGAUGCGAGUAGAAACGCACCCAAAUGGUGGCGCUAGUGUUGUAUAUUUACAUCAAAACGAUGUAGACAUGCUCGGGCCUACUCAGCAAGAGGCUCUUGCGAAGGAGUUUCUCAAGCUGGUCUUCUCGGAGAACAGUGAUGGUUGGGCGAACUUCGUCUGCGGCGUGGUACGAGGCGCUGCCGGUAGACUCCCCUGUCUCCUCAAGUGUCUGUCGGAGAAGUACCCGACGCUGACCGUCAAGGCGGGGGUGCUGGCGCGUGCGUCGGAUAUAGAAACGACUACUAUCAGCAGAUACUAUCAACAGGUGCAACAAACAUACCUAGCGGGCACGUUCCGCAGUGGUCCCCUACACCAAAUAUCCCUAGUUGGUACCGUCCACGAGGAAGUAGGCGGAUACUUCCCGGAUAUGCUGGAAAUGCUGGGGGAAUGUCCAUUCUUGAAUUUGACAAUGCCGUGGGGUCCUAUGGCCGCUGUUGAAAUGGAACCCACGGAAUCCAACGAUGGUCCAAUUCUAUGGAUCCGCCCUGGAGAACAACUUGUACCCACUGCAGAGCUAGGAAAGAGCCCCAUCAAGAAGAGACGGACGGGUAUCAACGAGCUACGAAACCUACAGUAUUUGCCGCGCUACAGCGAGGCGCGCGAGUUCCUCUUCGAAGACCGCACCCGCGCGCACGCAGACCACGUGGGGCACGGUCUGGACCGCAUCACUACCGCCGCAGUUGGUGUCCUAAAAGCGAUACACUGCGGCGACGAGCAGGACCGGGGCAGGAUAACGAAGGAUGUCGUGGCCUUCCAUGCAGCUGACUUCAACAAGCUGGUGCAGUUGCUGCAGCUUGACUUGUACGAGCCACCAAUCUCGCAAUGUGUCACUUGGCUGGAGGAGGCAAAGUUGAAUCAGCUUCGACGCGAAGGGGUACGGUACUCCCGUUUACCUCUCUGCUCGGACGACAUUUACUUUUUGCCCAGAAACAUCAUACAUCAGUUCAGAACGGUCUCUGCUGUUACGUCGAUCGCAUGGCACUUACGCCUGAAGCAGUAUUACCCAUCAUCUGAAGCCUCUUCGCCGGCUGAUGAAAGAUUGCCACCUGAUGCACCCGUCGUUAAUAACGCAGAUCCUAAAACAUCAAAACACAAAAGCGGCGUUAUAGAAAUGCGUGCUCUCAGUUCCAAGUUUAAGGAGAAAUCAGCUAUGAAAAUAGCGACAGACCGAAAAAGUUUGGACAAGGACAAAAAUGAGAGGCGGUCCGAGAAGCACGAAAGAUCAGAUAAGAGUGAACAGAAAGACAGGCACACCCACAGGCACAAAGACUCAGAUAAACAUAGAUCGGAGAAAUCACAUCGCUCAACAGACCGACCGGAGAGAUUAAGCGGAGUUACAGAAAAGGAAAAGCUUGAAUUGAAAUACGAAAAUGUUGACAUGAAAACUCCAGAAAAGAAGGUUCUAGAAGAAAAAACUGAACAGACAAGUUUAGGGGUAAACACGUAUAUUAUAAAACCAGAAUUAAGACUAGAUGCAGAAAAGACACCUAAUAAACUUGAAGUAAACAAAGAAGCGACAAUUGAUAAAGCCGAUAUUAAAAGUUCAGAUAAGAUGGAUGGUCGAUUGGAGAAGGAAAAUAAAUCGGAUAGACCUUCAGAUAAAGAUAAGCCACGAUCUGAUAGAAGAGAUAAACACGAAAGUAGGUCAGAGAAGACAGAUAGAAAUGAAAGUCGAUCUGAGAAAGAUAAGAGUGAUAAACCUGAUAGUAGAGUGGAAAAAUCCGAUAGCCGGACCGAAAAAUCAGACCGUUCUGACAAAUCACACGAUCAUCAUAGAAGACAUUCAAAACAUAAGUCUCAUAAAUCUGAUAGAAGAGAAAGAGAACACAGGCACAGAAGUUCUGACAGGAAACACGAGAAACAUAGAGAUGGGAACAAGGAUCGCCUUGAUACAAAAAGUUCUCAGAGCACAAAAGAGAAAGUGGACUCUAAUUGUGUCAAGGAAGUUAAGAACUCUGAAAGAUCUGACAGUGUAAAAGAUAAACCGGUCAUUGUGAACGAGACAAGAAACGUUACAGACGAGAAAUCUGUGUGUGUGAAAGAGACGAAGAGUGUUGAGAGUUGUGACAGUGAUAAGUUACCGCAGGUAGUUCAUCGGCCACCGGACUAA